UAAUUCCUCUUCCCACUAAACCAUCUUUCCUUCUUCACACUCCGAGCUUUGCUUAAAGCCUCUCUCAUGGAAGAUAUACACAAACGCAGCUCACUGUAAUCCCAGUUUCGAAGCAGUUUCUCGCUCUUCGUCUCUCUCUUUCUUCGAAAAGCAGAGGCUCAGCUUCUUCCUUGAGCUUGAAGUCUCUUUCAUUGAAGAUGAUUGAUUCUUUAAAUUUUCACAAACUUGAAGCGUCUGUUUCUCAGAUUCCCUUCGCUUUUCCUUCCUUUUCCGGGACAUCCAUUGCCCUUAAAAUCCUCGGCCUCUUCGUCCGCUUCUUCCAGUUCCAGUUUCUGUGAAACUUUCCCAGGAAAAUAUGCCCCCACUCGUUCUUCUUACACUCUUCCUUCUCGUUGGCGCCUCCGCUUCGUCUUCUUCUCCCGUUACUGAGUUCCGUGCCCUAAUUGAGCUGAAACUAGGGUUUGAGUUCGCCGAACCGGGAUUGAGCUCUUGGAAUUCUUCGAAUCCAGCUUCGGUUUGUUCGUGGAUUGGAAUCAAAUGCUUCAGAGGCAGAGUUGUUACCCUGGAUUUAACCGAUAUGAAUCUCGGCGGCUCUGUUUAUUCCCCUGUUUUCUCGAGCCUGGAUCAGCUCGUCGAGCUCUCUCUCGCCGGGAAUAACUUCUCCGGUGAAAUCAGUAUAGCACAUUUGGGCAGUCUCCGAUCACUCAACAUAUCGAACAACCAGUUCGGCGGGAAUUUGGACUGGAACUACUCGAGCAUGGAGAAUUUGGAGGUCUUUGAUGCAUAUAACAACAACUUCACUGCCCUGCUUCCUCUUGGGAUUACCAGCUUGAAGAAGCUCAGGUACUUGGACUUGGGAGGAAACUAUUUUUCCGGGAAAAUCCCGGAAAGUUACGGGAGUUUGAUUGUGUUGGAGAGCUUGUCGCUGGCUGGAAAUGAUCUGCAGGGAGGAAUUCCUGGCGAGCUGGGAAAUCUCACAAGCUUGAGAAAACUUGAGUUGGGAUAUUUCAAUGUGUUUGAAGGUGGGAUUCCAAGGGAGUUUGGGAGGCUGGAAAAUCUUGUUCACUUGGAUCUUUCACAGUGUGGACUGGAGGGAUCAAUUCCUCAUGAUUUGGGGAAUUUGAAGGCUUUGGAUACUCUCUAUUUGCACACGAACGUGCUCUCCGGCGCCAUCCCCAGGCAGCUGGGCAACCUCACAGGACUAGUGAAUCUUGAUCUUUCCAACAAUGCAUUAAGCGGGGAAGUCCCAUUUGAGCUUGUGAAUCUCAGAGAGCUCAAGCUUUUGAACCUCUUCAUGAACAGGUUGCAUGGGUCUAUACCUGAGUUCAUCGCGAAUUUGCCUAAUUUGGAAACUCUGCAGCUGUGGAUGAACAACUUCACCGGCAUAAUCCCCACAAAUCUCGGCCAGAAUGGCAGGCUGCAGAACCUCGAUUUGUCCUCCAACAAGCUCACCGGUACAAUCCCUCCAAACUUAUGCCCUUUGGGCCGGCUCAGGAUCCUAAUUCUGCUCAGAAACUUCAUGUUUGGGCCAAUUCCAGAGAGCCUGGGGGCAUGCUCAAGCCUGGUGAGGGUGAGGUUGGGGCAGAACUACUUGAAUGGAACUAUUCCAAACGGCUUCAUCUACUUGCCGGAGCUCAAUUUGGUUGAGCUUCAAGACAACAAUUUGUCUGGGAAUUUGGCUGAGAAUGGGAAUAGUUCUUCAAAGCCUGGUAAACUGGGCCAGGUAAAUUUGUCAAACAAUCAGCUUUCCGGCUCUUUGCCCUUCUCCAUUUCGAAUUUCUCUUCCCUCCAAAUCCUUUUGCUCGGUGGGAACCAGUUCUCCGGCCCAAUUCCGCCUUCCAUAGGAGAGCUCCGGCAAGUCCUGAAGCUGGACCUCCGAGGAAACUCACUCUCCGGCCAAAUCCCGCCGGAAAUUGGAAGCUGCAGCCACUUGACCUACCUGGACUUGAGCAAGAACAGCCUCUCUGGCUCAAUCCCACUCCAAAUUUCCAACAUCCGAAUCUUGAAUUACCUCAACUUGUCAAGAAACCACUUGAACGAGGCCAUACCCAGAUCAAUAGGUUCCAUGAAAAGCCUCACGAUUGCCGACUUCUCCUUCAAUGAUCUCGCCGGAAAGCUGCCGGAAUCCGGCCAAUUCGCCUUCUUCAACGCCUCAUCAUUCGCCGGCAACCCUCGGCUCUGCGGAACACUCCUGAACAAUCCCUGCAAUCUCACCGCCGUCACCAAAUCAUCCAACAAGGCCUCGGGCGACUUCAAGCUGAUCUUCGCCCUUGGGUUGUUGAUAUGCUCUCUGGUCUUCACUGCCGCAGCUGUAAUCAAGGCUAAAUCGUUCAAGAAAAGCGGUUCAUCUUCCUGGAAAAUGACGGCAUUCCAGAAGCUCGAGUUCUCGGUCUCCGAUGUCCUCGAGUGCAUGAAAGACGGCAAUGUGAUCGGCCGAGGCGGCGCCGGGAUCGUCUACCACGGCAAAAUGCCUAAUGGAACCGAAAUUGCAGUCAAAAAACUUCUGGGUUUUGGGAACAACAGCCACGACCAUGGAUUUCGAGCGGAGAUCCGAACGCUGGGCAACAUCAGGCACCGGAACAUCGUGAAGCUGCUGGCGUUCUGCUCGAACAAGGAGACGAACUUGCUGGUUUACGAAUACAUGAGAAACGGGAGCUUGGGAGAGGCCCUGCACGGCAAGAAAGGCGGAUUUCUGGGAUGGAAUCUCAGGUACAAGAUCGCAGGGGAGGCGGCCAGGGGCUUGUGCUAUCUGCACCACGAUUGCUCGCCGUUGAUCGUUCACCGGGACGUCAAAUCCAACAACAUUCUGCUGAAUUCCAACUUCGAGGCUCACGUCGCCGAUUUCGGCCUCGCCAAGUUCUUGGUCGACGGCGGCGCUUCUCAGUGCAUGUCCGCCAUUGCCGGUUCUUAUGGCUACAUUGCUCCCGAAUAUGCAUACACCUUGAGAGUAGAUGAAAAGAGCGACGUCUACAGCUUCGGGGUAGUGUUGCUAGAGCUUAUCACGGGCCGGCGUCCGGUGGGGGAUUUCGGCGAUGGCGUAGACAUUGUGCAAUGGGCAAAAAGAGCCAGCAAUUGCCGACGAGAGGAAGUGAACAGCAUCGUGGAUCCAAGGCUGUUAGCCACAGUCCCCCAAGACGAAGCCAUGCACUUGUUCUUCAUCGCCAUGAUGUGCAUCCAGGACAACAGCGUCGAACGCCCCACCAUGAGGGAGGUGGUUCAGAUGCUCUCGGAAUUCCCUCGUCGGCAAUCUCCGUCGCCCCACCACCACCCGGGUUCGUCGUCAAAGCUUCCCAAUGCUGUCUAGGUUUAAGCCACUUCGGGUGUUUUUUGGGUGAUUUAUUGCUAGCUUCUUUAUUUAUUUUUGUGGUGACUUACUUAGAAUGGAUUGAAUUUGUUAAUUUGUUUACUCUUUUUUGAUGAAUAGUUUCUUGUUAAGUUAGGAGGAUAGUAAUAUAGAGGACACUAAUUUGGUGUUGGAUAGAA